GUCUGUAGCACGUCCAGCACCGCUACUGUACUACUGGACCAGGGCAGGGCAGGGCAGGGCAUGGCAGGGCAUCGUAUUCAAACACCUGCGGAUGCGCUUGACAUGCAUGAAUACUGCAACAGUACUGUACAUUCAGUCGUAGGCUCGUAGCCAAGCCAAGGCAGGUCUAGGUAAGGUAAAUUUAAAUCACUGUAAACUUAGCUGUGGCGUGGCGUGGCGUGUGCUUCCGUCCAACCCGAGACUACACUACACUACACUACACUACACUACACUACAGUACGACGAUGCAUCAGCUCCCCUCACCUUCUACAGUAUUGUUCGACCUUCUUGCUUGCUUGCGAGUGCGCACUCUUCAGAGCUCGACUUUCUGGCAGUGCGGACCGUUCUUGAAGGGAUAGAGGAUAUUAUUACGGGGCCAGGGCAAUGUUAAGGUAAUAUCCUGCCCCCUGCCCAAGGAGAUUGCUGCAUCUCGUCUCGGCCUCCCUUCGUGAGCCUGAGCCGAACUCGUGUGGGGACUGCUGGACGGUGGAAAACGGCAAGCAAGCCCUUAUCAGGAUUGCCACGGGGGUCGGGAUGUACAGUACAGGAGUUGUGGAUGUGAAUGUGGAUGUGAAUGUGGAUGUGGAUGUGGAUGAGUAUGUGCUUUUGGCGCCAUGUCUGUCUGGACUCUGGACUCGCAUGGCCUGGCAUGGCACUGGGGGCGAUGUCCAAGCUAGAAUGGGCCAGAGGACGACGAGGACGACGACGAGGACGACGACGACGACGACGACGACGACGACGAAAAACAGCGUCGAACCCGCCACCCUUUCAUUGGGUGGCAGCACUCGGGUCUGGAGUGCUAGUGCAUUUCUUACCGAGUAAACGUCACGAGCGAGGCGAGGCAUUUGCUGUAUCAUGGAUAUACUUAGCCCUCGUUUCUGGUCUCCAACCCCGAGACUCGAGAAAUGGAGGAAAUCUUGACUUCACACCCUCGCCAAUAUCGACUUCGAAACCUCACAAGUCUCUACGAUGCCAGCUGAUCUGAGCGAUCACCCAUGGGGCGCACCUCACAGUCGUCUCAGGUGGAUAUGGAUAUAUAAAUAUAAAAGUCAAAUAUCCAGAUUCUGAGGAAACACGCUAUGGGCGGGCAUCUUCAGGCAGGCGGCCAAGCUUUUUGGCCCGCUCUUCGAUCGGGUCCAUCUUCCAUCGCUGGUUUCCGCUCCUGCUCAGGCUCAGGCUCAGCCCGCUGGUCGGCUUUAACGAUAAGCUAGCCUUAGGCUUGACUCAAUACCCGAAAAUCAACAAAUGGUGGGGAACGGCUGAUGAUCGCGGACAAAUGUGAACAAGUGCGCGAGAAAAUGUGGAAGAGCCUCUCCGGCAUCAAAUAUCUACCCCACCUUUAGAGCAUCAUCAAUGUCUUGACAACUUCGGAGUCCAUUGCUUCCAAGACCAUGGCCGAGGACACGCUCGCUGCUAACGAAGCUCCUGUGGCAAAUGCAGAAUCCGGCGAAAAAUCUCUUAAAGCCGGAGACGAUUUGAAUGGCUCCCCAUCAGCACUGAGUGAUGACGAGAAGAGGAGAUUUGCACACCUCAGAGACAAUGACAAAUUUCGCAAAGUAUGGAAAUUUGUCUCUUGGACUCCGAAGCGAUGUCGAUGGGAUCCAGAGUCACCUCCUAAAUUCAGCCUGGCUUUGAAUCUUCUGUUUGGAUUCGCAGCAACUUUCACUGUAGCUAAUUUAUACUACAACCAUCCAAUUCUGAAUAUCUUAGCCGAUGAGUUCAAUGUCACCAACGAGCAAGCUGCUCAAGUUCCGACGGUGAUGCAAGGAGGGUAUGCAGCAGGAUUACUGUUCCUGUGUCCCCUCGGGGACAUAUUCAGACGUCGAGCAUUUGUCUUGAUUCUGAUAUUUUUCACCGCAACCAUGUGGCUAGGCUUAUGUCUAACAAACUCAUUCUCCGUCUUCCUAGCAAUCUCGUUUAUCACAGCAACAUCAACCGUGACUCCACAACUGAUGCUCCCCCUCGUCGGCGACCUAGCACCCCCUCACCGCCGCGCAACCGCCCUCUCAAUCGUCGUCUCAGGCCUCCUCCUCGGCAUGCUCAUCGCACGUCUCCUCUCCGGAAUAUUAACGCAAUACACCUCCUGGCGGAGUAUCUACUGGUUCUCCUUCGGAGUCCAAUACCUCAUCCUAAUCCUCCUCUUCUUCUUCAUGCCCGACUACCCGUCGACCAAUCCUGGAGGCAUAAAUUACUUCCGCAUGCUCUUCAGCAUCGUCAAGAUGGUAUUCAAGCAUCCCGUCCUGGUACAAGCCUGUCUAGUCGGUUUCCUUACCUCAAGCAUCUUCACCAACUACUGGACAACACUUACCUUCCUCCUCUCCUCACCACCAUACUCCUACGACUCCCUUAUCAUCGGUCUUUUCGCCCUGAUAGGUAUUGCGGCUAUUUGCGUAGGACCAUUCUACUCACGUGCAGUCAUCGACCGUUUCGUGCCCGUCUUCAGUGUCAUCCUCGGCCUCAAAUAUUGUCUCAUCGGCACCAUCAUAGGCACAUAUACGGGGAAACACACCGUUGCAGGCCCGAUCAUUCAGGCCUUCGCCAUCGAUAUUGGCAUACAAUCUGCGCAGAUUGCCAAUCGUUCAGGGAUCUUCGCCAUCGAGCCGAAAGCACGGAAUAGAGUCAACACAGCUUACAUGCUUUGUGUGUUUUGUGGACAACUUAUGGGCACUGCGGUGGGUAAUAGAUUGUAUGCGCAAGGUGGAUGGGUGAUGAGCGGAAGUGCGAGUGUGGGAUUUAUUUGCGGAGCGUUGCUGAUUUGCUUUGUAAAGAGUCCAUGGAACCCCGGGUGGAUAGGGUGGAAGGGCGGGUGGAGUAUCAGGAGGAGAGAUUUAGGUCCGCAGAAAGAGGAGCCUGCUGUUGAGCAGGUAUCGGGAUGAAGUUUCUGCGGAAGAGGCAAAGUCGGAAAGUUCUGAUGAGAGAACUGGUGUUGGGAGAGAAGCACUAUCUGAAGAGAAGGGAGCAAAAACUGCAUCGCAUAUACAAGCAUCAUAGAGCAAGACUGAUGCAGGUUAAUCAUGUUCAGCAUACCAGUAUAUUGAUUGAGCGAGUUACGAUGAAUUACACAGAAAGACUGGCUGGAUUUAAGGAAAGAAGGACUAUUCUACAUCUGUGUUCUGAGCAGACAAACCAAAGAAUGAGAGAAUAUCAUCCAUUGGCAUUGGCAGCAUGUGUCCUCAAAGAUUGCUG